UUCUAUCUAUAGGUAGUGAAAGUUUUUGUUAAAAGAUUUAUGUCUGGUUUCAUAAUUGUUGCUGACUAAAGCACUUUGAGGGACUUCCAUGUAAGCUGAUGGUAUUGUUUUGAACAGUUCCUCACUUGGACAUUGAAGACAUGAAAACAAAGGCAGAGCUUGUUUUUGUCAAAACUGAUGUCAGUGAGAUGUUUGAAAUUCCUUUAAAAAAGUACUUCAAACCCCAAAGAAAGAGGAGCAGAAUCUUGGAGAACCCCCAGCCUAGGAGAAGAAAUCUUUGGCGUUAUAGGAUGAAGGUGAUAAAACGGGAACUAUGCAGGAGCUGGGUUCAAGAGAUGGUUCAGGUAGAUGGAAGUCCAGAGGGAGCUCAGCCUCAAGAGAUGGUUCAGGAACCUGUUCAGGUGGAUGAAAGCCCAGAAGGAACUCAGCAAAUCUCACCAGUACAGCAGGAGCAAGAAGACCAUUCCUCAGCAGCACAGCUACCGCCCUCUGCUCAAGAGCCUCAGGGAGGGAAUGAUAUCCAUGUGCGCCCACAGAGGCAGCCAGGGCAAGGAGGCACGGCCCCAAACAUGGGACCACAACCAACAGAGUCAGGCUGGGAGCUCCCAAAAGUGACUGUCAAGGUGCAGCCCCACAACAUGAGCCAGGGGUGGGACUGCCCGGAGGUGACAGUGCAGGUGCAGCCUCAGAGGCCAAGCCCAGGAUGGGAAGCCCCAUCAGUGACUGUGCAGGUGCAGUUCCAGCAGCAGGGCCCAGGGCCAUCUCUCCCACAAGUAACUGUACAGCUACAGCCCCAGGAGUGGGGACAAGGCACUGCUGGCAUCAAGGUCACUGUGCAGCUGCAGUUGGGCUGUGACCCAGAAGAGGUAACUUCCCUCCAGAACCAGCGUGAGGAAGUGUUAGAUAAUGGAGAACAGAGGACCCUCCCAAAAAAUCAGGGAGGGAUGAUGACAAGAUCUGAAGGUGAGAGAGAGCUUGCUGUGGUGGAGCUGGUGCCACAGGGGGUUCUGAGCCAAAAACAGGAUCAAGGAGAAGUGGAAAAACCCCAGCAGGACCAGUGCCAAGAGGAAAGAGCAAAAGUGGUGAAGGUGCAUGACAUGCAGGCUGGAGACAAAGCAGACCUGAAUGGGAUGGUGACAGAGGAACAGCUGCAGGACCAGAGCCAAGAGCAGGAACAGCUAAAAGCAGACCAGCCUCUGCAAAAGGAAGACCAAAGACAUACUGUGAUGAGACAGGAGCAAGGUAAUAUCCAAGAAGGGCCCAGGGGGAUUGUAGAAGACCAGAAGGAAGACCUAGCACGAGAACAGUCCAAGAAACGUCCAAGAAAGUCUCCAAAUUAUUUUGUUGCUAUUCCAAUAACAGAUGAUCAGAUUUUGGACAGAAUUGAAGAUGUUCAAGAACUCAUAUUUUCUAAAGAGCCUGACCUGUCAAGAGCUCUUCUCCCUGUUCAAACUAUGCACCUUACUAUAAUAGUAGCUCAUCUGGGAACAGAAGAAGAAGUGAAAAAGGCUGUUCUGGCACUGAAGCAAAGCAAGGCGAAAGUGGAAGACAUCUUGCAGGGUAAAGACCUUAAUUUGACAUUCCAUGGGAUUGGAGAGUUUAAUAACCAAGUGCUAUAUGUGAAAAUGUUGGAGGAAGACCAGAAAAUGCUUAGCAGAAUUGCAGAAGCUGUGGAAGAAUGCUUUAUUGACAUGAAUCUCGACAUUUCAGGAAGUAAGGACUUCAAACCACAUCUGACUUUCCUGAAGCUCUCUAAAGCAUCAAGGGUUAGAAGAAGGGGCUUCAGGAAAAUUUGUGCAGACCUGUAUAAGGAAUAUGAAGACAGCCCCUUUGGCACAGAGCUCUUCAGUCGGAUUGAUCUCUGUGCCAUGCACAAGAAGAAGCAGGAAUCUGGUUAUUAUUACUGUGAGUGCUCAAUCAUUGUGGGCUCCAGUAGUAGGGAAGAGAGUAAAGAGCAAGAAAUGCAGACAGAAGAUGUGGGAGAAGUAAGCAGUGAAGACCUCCCAAAAAAUGUAGCAAAGGCUGAAAUAGGAGAAGCUACUGCAAGCUGUAAGCUUGCCUCAACAGCAGUAGCUGAUGAUAAACCAUCUGAAAAUGCUGCUGAGGCCUCAAUUGCAACUAAAGAAAAGGAAAUCAAUGAGGCAAAGGGACAGCCUGAAGUUGCAGAUGGGACUUUUCCUACAGCUGGAGAGAUCUGCUCAAAGUCAGCACUUGGUCUGCUGCCAGUAAGUUCAGAUGUGUUGAAAAGCUUGGAAAUGGAACAAGAAAAAGCAAAGAUAACAGAUGGUAGUUUGCAAAAAACUGAAGCAACAGAAUAUACUGAACCUGGUCAGACAAGUUUGAGAUAAAGUUGUUGCAAUCCUUGGUGAACUUGGUGAGGAUGGAGAAGACAAACAAGUACAAUGGGGCUGAGGUCAGAGGAGUGGGUAUGGUGAGUUCAUUUUUUGCAGGAAACAAUCCUCUUCAGAGUCUGAUGAAAAAAAGUAGAGCAAAAUCUGAGGGGAACAUCACUGAAUAUUGUACUGGUGAAAUGCCUGGCUCAAAACCUGUACCAUCAGUGUGUGUGAGCAUGUGUACUGCAAAGACAAGUGAGCUGUGGUUUACAGAAUCAGACCCUUCAGCUGCCACAAAUGCUGUUGCCAGACACAUUUGGUGCCCAAAUGCACACUGCUGCCUUGGCUGAGCUUCCUUCUGCCCUGCUUCACCCCCUGCCCUGGGCCUGCACCCUCAGCUUUUGUCCUUUGCCUGUCUACCUUCUCCUCUCUGCUGCCUCAAGACCCCUCUCUUGCUUAACCCCUACAGCUGCUCUCAUUCGUGACUCAAGCCAUGAUUGCACAGGGUCAUUCAGUGCAUGCCUGUAACAGGUAGAUGGUGUCAGUUGUUAACACACCACUGUAAAGUACAUGCUUUCCUCUGACCUAGUAGAUACUUAACGAGAAAAUUAUUUUGCCCAACUUAUGGAAAUUGCCUUUUUGGAAGAAAACGAGGUACAGCGCUAAAUACAUUCUUUUGUUUUCAUCUUCCUCUCCUUUUCUUUAUGUAACGAAUUGUCUUUACAAAAUGCCCUGAGGAGGACACAAGGGCGCUUUUCUAAAGCGGAGUUUUUUGGCCGGGGCUGACGUUUCCUGGCUUUGCCCUUCGCUGGCCGAGGCCGAGCGGAGCUGUGCCCGGUGCCCGGCCGGCUCGGGGCGGCGCUCCCGGCGGAGCCUGGCGGCGGCGGCGCCAGCAGAGGGCACCGCUGGAGAGCCAGAUGCGCCGGGAAGGGACCGCGCAUCCCGGGGCCGCGGGACGGGAGCCGGCGGACACCUGGGAAACGUCUGUCUUUCUUUAUCUGCUCCAAUUGAAAAGAGAUACUUAAUACUUUGUAUUUUAACAUCUUUUUUUUUUUUUUUUUUUUUUUUUCUUCCGCGUUUGGAAAAAUAAGUGUGCCGUUGAAAUUUAAAAAAAUGUGUGUGAUCAAGGAUCAAGAAGUAGCUCCUCCUCCCCACCCCCCCUCCCCCCCAAAACAAACUGUUGUAGCAUCAAGCCUAUUUUGCUUCCCUGCAAGGUGGGAAUACACGUUUAGGCAGAAUGGUCAGGAUGCGCUCUGUUAAAUUAACAUCAGGCUGGUUUAAAGCUUGUUACCAAACUUUUGGAAAAAAAAAAAAAAAAACAACCAACAAAAACCACAAAACAAAGAGCUGUAUUUGUACAAUUUUCACAGGGAGUGGAGGGAAACAGCCCUCCCCAGCCAGCCACUGUGCAGGAGGAAAGGGAAGGCUCUGCAUUUAAUGAACCUGCUUUGUACUCACUCUGGGGUCUGUCAGAUCCCUUGUGUUGCAGUGCUUGGCAGAGCAUUUAUUUUUAUGUCCCUCCACUGAAGGUUGUGGACUUUGAAAAGGCUGUCCCCAAAUGGUCUUCUAAAUGCAAAUUCCAGAGUAGCUAUUCCCGGCUUCUCUGGGGUCUUCAAAAGGCAGCAAAAUUGUUAGAGGAAGCCUAGAAGGUUAUUUUGGGAGAGUCCUUAAGAGUCAACACAUCAGGGAGCAUCUCUAUAUCAAGGCCUUCUAGAUUAUUUUUUUUUUUUCAGGAACUCUUGCUUCAAAUGUACACUAAGGACACAAUGUUCCUUAGUUUUGGGUUGGUUUUUUUUUUUUUUUCCAAUUCAGAAAAGGAUUAGCAGCAUCAUUCAUUGUAAGAACUGAAGUGGGUUCAAUGGCUUAGGACCAAACACACUUUACAACAUGCUGUAUUUCUUCUUAUUGAAAAUGUUAAUUAUCUUUUUAUAGACAGAUGGCACUGGAGUGUAGCAAAUGCAUGGUGAACCUGCACUUGUAAACAUUUGGGGGUUUAGUGUGUACAGGUUCCAAUUAAGUUUAAUUCUGUUUUAGGGUUAUUAUAAUGAUAGUAGGGUAAUUAAUUUCACUUAUCUUGGGAGCAGAGUAACUUGUUUUGGGACAUUAAGUUAAAAAAUAUACUUAAGUUGUAUCAUUGUGAUUAAUCUUGACAAUUCAGAAUAGUGCUUGAAACCAUAUAUCUACCAAAUUCAUCUAUUUAGUCUCUAAUGACAACCAAGCCAAAAUAAGCUUCUGUAAUUCUGUUCAAAUAACAUAUUUUCAGCUUUAUGGUGGAGAAUAUAAAAGAAGUAAUAAAUAAGUCUUAAAUUUUGUUGCUGUUCUGCUUUAGCCAAGAGUUUUUGUUGCCUGUUACUUUUUUUAUUCAAAUUAAUUGAAAUAGAUUUGAUUAUUAGACACUUAUGAUGUAAAACAAGAGGGAGAGAGUUUCUGAAAAGAAAAUCUUUAUAGGGCUGAAGAAGAUUAAUUGUCCUUCUUUAUGACUACUGUAGGGAAAUUACACUGUGCAGUUCAGAUCCAGAAGGCAGUUUGAUUCACUCUUUAUGAUUCCUGUAUUUGCUGUUCUUUCCUAUGGUUUUCUCUUUUUGGUCUCUAACUUGCCUGGGUUUUUUUUCCCCUUUGAGUAAUUUUCUUUAUAAGCACUAGUUGUUAAUGUAGAAAUGCAAUCUACUACUUUAUUGUAAUUGAAUUUAGUUGAAUGUAACUUGAGUUUUUGAAAUAAUGGCACAACAUUGGCAUUGGAGAGAGCUUGCA